AUGAACCAAUUGCCAAGUCUCAUCGAUAAUGAUGAUUUUCAAGAACUCAAAAGGCUUCUUCUAUCCGGACUGAGUUUCGAAAACUUAUUCGAGAGUAUUGAUGAGGCUGGAAACACAAUUAUUCAUCUUUGUUCGGCGACGUGUCGAUUGCGGUGUCUUGAAGUUAUUCUUUCUACUCUCAGCGAGCAAGAUUGUCUCAGAAAACUCGUCAAUCACUCCAAUAAUUAUGGAAGAUCUCCGCUUCAUCUAGCAGCGUUUUAUGGUUGGGAGACAAUUGUGGACAAAUUGUUAGAAAUUGAUGGAAUUCGCCUUGACGGUCAAACAAAGGCUUCGUGCACUCCACUCUACUUUGCUUGCUGCCGUGGACAUUUGUCCAUUGUUGAGAGAUUGUUAUCUGGUGGUGCAAACCCCAAUUCGCGAACGAAUACAUCAAGUACGCCUCUUAUCGCCGCGACAGUUAACGGUGCCAUACGGCUUGUUCAAACUCUCUUGUUGUCUGGAGCGGACGCAAAUUUACAAAACAGCGAUGGAAUGACUGCAAUGCAUUUAGCAGCAGAAGCAAAUAACAAAGAGAUAAUUGAAAUUCUUAUUUCUUCUGGUGGAAAUUCGACAAUCGAGGAUAGUCGGGGAAGGACAUUCAAUGACAUUUUGCUUGUGGUUCAGAAAAAGGAGAGUAUUAGAACGUUUGAAGGGAUGAUGCCAAUCAAACACCGUCAUUUUCGUCCAAAUGGUAUCAAACCCUCUCACGGGCCGAUAAGAGCCGGUGGUGGUAGAACAUCCUCUGAGGCUGCAUCUGAAAAUUGUUUAAAUACAUCCAGCUCAACAACAAACCACACAACAAGUCCUUCUCGUCAAAGAACUGAAUCGCGUUAUGAGACAUCGCCAUCAAGUCCCAACAAGUAA